GGGCAACAUGCAACCUCAUGCCAUGAUUGCCUUCAGCUAUUCACCUAAUUCUGCUCAAGUACUCGGGAGAAGUCAUCUCCCCCGUCUUCAUGUCUUCUGCGUAUAAAGGAUAAGUAUAUACGGAAAGUCGCUGUCUCCGGAGACUCCGAUGGACAAAUGGUCGUCCUGAGACGCUGACUCGAUUGCUUUGUCACAGCUGUACUGCCGUAUCUCCAUAUAUCCUCUUGUUCAAGGUUUUAAAGUGUCCUCAUCAUUUGCUUGAGGUUCGACCUUCAGCAGCUUUGCUUCCCCACAAAAAGGCUGGGAAUCAGUCGAACUGAAGGGCUACUGAAGGGAUGUCGCGAGCCGAAGUCCUGCCGACAGCUUUUGACCUUUCUCUACGGAGAUCAUGGUUCUCUCGUCCUGCAGGAAAUCAAGCAGCCGCAAGAGCCGAGGCUGAUCAGGUGUCGCAAGCAGACCCAGAGUUUAAGCUUCCAAAGCUUUCCUCAUUGGCGAUCAUACUGAUCACCAAUGGCUUGAUGCAGAUCUCAUUCUUCAUCAUUGUGUCCUCCUCCAACUUGUACGCAGAGCAUUUGGGUGGUAACGCCACAUUUUCUGGCAUUGUCAUUGGUAUUCCUACGGCUAUCUCUGGACUUUCGCUCUUGCCAUUGAUGAGAUUUGAUCAAGGUCGUUACCGAAGACCCCUUCACUUUGCUUGUGCUUCUUCUGUGCUAGGGCACAUAUUGUACGGAUUGGCGUACAAGGCAAACUGGCUGUACCUCAUACUAUUGGGCCGUAUUGUUUCCGGAUUUAGUUUCACGUUCUUCAUGUAUUCCAAACGGUAUUGCUCAGAUCCUCGUAUCGUUGGAAUUCGGAGACGCACCACCCUUGCCGGAUGGCUUGUGGUGGGCCAAGCCGUUGGUUUCAGCUUCGGUCCUUUUGUGGGAGGUUUACUAUAUAAAAUUGGCUUUUCGAACGCUAUCUUCAAUGGCUAUACGAGCCCCGCUUGGCUUAUGGCUGGAGUUUGGGCAAUAUUCUGGGUUCUCACCAUAUUCUUCUUCGAAGAUAUACCCAGCGUUCCACCUCCCGCUCCAGUACCCGGGACAACUAUCGAGAUGACGAAUGUGACGGACCAGAGUUCUUCUGGAACACCUGCAGACUCAUCCAAGUCCUUUACAACCAUCCAUGUUUCCAACGUUGAGAACGCGGCCGAUGGGCCGGAACCUUUCAAAAUGAGUGCCGCCCAAUGGGGGGUCACAGUAACCAUGUGUUGGUUCGCUAUGACCUGUUUCUUUAUCCUCGGUGCUUGGGAGGCGAACAUCCCGGUAUUCACAGGAUCGGAUUCACCUCUGUCCCCAUUCCAUUUCAGUCCAUUCGCUGCCGGUAAUUUGAUCGCUCUUGGUGGCGUCUGUACUUUCCCCUUCCUCCUCGCCAAUGUUUUCCUCGCACGGCGUUUCCAAGAUCGUUACACGCUCGCACUUGGCACAUUCCUUGGCAGCGCCGGCCUCCUCGUCGCGCUUGCUAUCCUGAGGACUGGCACCGUGAAUUACGGGAGUUUGUUCAUGUCAUGGUUCCUUGUCGCUCUGGGAUUCAACCUGUCGAGUACGGUCACCCUGAGCCUUCUGUCAAAACAGCUUCCAGGCAAAUGGAACGCUCGAACCAGCUUGAUCAUACAAUACAGCAAUUAUACCGGGCGCGUAACAGGCGCUAUAUGGGGCGGAGCAGGAGUAAGUGUUGGCAUGUUGAAUUAUAUUGGAAUGCAGAUCACAAUUGUCGGCAUCGGAGCAGUCCUGUUCUUGACCUUGUGGAGAGACCUCAAGGCUAAGACAGGCUGAACAUUGCAGGAAUGAGUAAUGUGUUUGACGGAAAUGCCGUCUUACUUGUACAGUUUCCUCUUUAUAUCGAAUAGAUCCAUAAGCUUAGAUCUCCUUUCGUCCCCG